CACCGCCGUCUGCUUUAGUUUGACUCGGUCAAGUCAAUACGAGUCCAUCACCGCGACAGGCAUCCAGGAUGGCGAGCACCGUGGAGAGGCAGCUAGUUGUGUUUGACUUUGACUGGUCUAUGGCGGAUCAGGACUCUGAUCGCUGGAUCUUCGAGGUCCUUGCACCAGAUUUGCGUAGAAAAAUGAAGAAUCUCAAGAAGGACAUCCAAUGGACAGACUUGGUUGCGCAGACAUUGCGGGAACUGCACGGCCGCGGGGUCACUCAAGAGCAAAUCGAAGGCGCUCUGCGUAAGAUGCCUUUCCACCCCGCCAUGGCCCGUGGGGUCACAAACUUGAAGGCCAAAUCCAGCCCGAAGACGACAUUCUUGUGCCUUUCCAACGCGAACAUCGUCUUCAUUACGACGAUUCUCAAGGCCCAAGGACUGGAGACAGUCUUCGAAGAAAUCGUCACAAACCCCGCAGAGUGGGAUCCUUCGGGCCUGCUCAAGCUCCGACGAAGAGUAGACCCGAACGGCCCGCAGCACCAGUGCAAAGUGGGAUGCAGUCCCAAUAUGUGCAAAGGGGAGGAGUUGGAGGCCUUCCUAGAGCGACACCACCUUGCCUUCGACCGCGUCAUCUACGUGGGAGACGGGUCCAACGACUUAUGCCCGGUUCUACGAUUGAGGAGCCAAGACAUGGUUCUCUGCAGGAGACAUCGCGCACUGGAGAAGCUUAUCGGUAGUUACGAGGAGGAAGGCCGACUCAAGUGCCAGGUCCGAUAUUGGGCCGGUGCUUGGGAAGUCGAGGAGAUUUUCAACCAACUGUAACUCUUUGGUGCGUGCAGGAGGAGAGCCGACGUCACACAGGAGGCCCUGGCCUGUAGAUCCCCAUCCGACUCACGGAGAUUCGAGA